GUAGAGUGAGAUUUGACAACAGUCGGAAUUCGGAACUCACAAGAAGUGACGUGUACAAGAGAUUUUUCAAUACAAUACACAGAAUCCAGUUACCCGUGGACAACUAAUACCAAAACAUCGACGGCACUCGGCAGUGUGGCAGGGUGACAAUCUGAGAGUGAGACCUCUGCACAGAAAUAAACUACAUGUAUAUAAAAGGUUUGGGCUAUAUAGUUUAAAUAUACAGUUGGACACUGGUAUUAGGAGAUAACAUAAACCAAGUCGGACAAUAUGGUGAAAGCCUCAGGGAUCAAGCCGAGUUUUGCUCAGUUUGUAGCGCUUAUAUUCUUUUGCUGGCUGUCAUACCGAUUCGGUCAGUUGGAGCCUAUGGACUCCGCGUCAUCCGGAUCCGAUGGUGAGCAAGAUAUAGACUCGCUUGCAAACCGGCAGAUUGUGUAUAAGACCAUCGUGUCAACCGUCACUACAACGGUCAUGCGCGAACCAACGGGGAUAGUGGCGUUGGGAGAAGACAGCAAAGUAUACACACCUCACGAGGGUUAUCCUCACAUUGUGUAUGAUUUCAACGAUUUCUACGAUCCCUGGGACCAAAAGAAGAAGCGCGAGCCUACCAAAUCACUUGUAUGCCUGACAUACAGUCCGCAAAUCGAGUCUAUGGUAGUCGCCUGGAAAUCCUGGUCAGAUGGGGGUUUGAUGGACGAAAUGACAGAGAUUCUAGUAUUUAUAAACAUGGAAACCACGGAAGGAAGACAGCAAGUGAUGGACCUCGUGGUUACAGUUUCGGCAGAGAAUCAAAAAAAGGUGAGGGUUAUAGGUGUGGAGAAAAAUGUGCCCAUUAUGGCUGCAAUCAAUUGGGCGGUAGGUAAUGCUACCUCGGAUGUGGUACUGUUCAUGGAGAAAGACUUCCGUCUGAUUGAGCCUAAGGACCGUAUGAAGCAGGCAAUAAACGAUGGUGUUACUCUGCUUAUCAGCAAUGAGGCUACUGUGAUUCGCUACAGACACAGAAGGACACCUGGAAUUCCUAACACGGCCGAGGACUACUACGGGGGUCGCGAAUAUAUGAUCAAGAAUCGUCAGCCUAAUCUUGUGUGCUAUUCGUAUUUCUGGCUGGAUAACAUUGUAGAUUACUACCCCGACAUCAUGUGGAAGUGCGGUCCGGGCGAGAGAUUUUUCUGUGCCAGAGGAAACUAUUGCGGCUGGACGAAUAAUCCGGGCAUGUUCUUACGGUCUUGGUUCGUCAACACCUACAAACCCACUUUUGAUUACUUAUGGACUCAGCCGAGAGAAGAGGUCAACUCUCACCUGGAGUUCAAUAUGGAUUGGUGGCAGUACAUGUGGAACAGGCGCACACACGUGGUUGCGCUGGGCGAUGGCUUAUUCGAACACAAGGAAGCUGCCGAACACGGAGAGUCCCCGCAGUCAUGGUUUGACGAGCAAAUGUUUAAGAAUAUUGAACCUAAAUAUCACGUAGCUUGGCUGACUGACGAGAUUAGGCAGCGUAAGAAAACACUAGAUUUGUAUCUCAACUUCGCAGAUAUGCACCAAUAUCCCCCUGAGUUCAAACCUGAAAAGAUGGACGAUGUGCAGCUGAAGGAAGCCGUGAAGUAUGCAAAUCAGCCAUACACCAAAAUAGCCCUGUAAGCGUUUUGAAUUGACGUACGGUAGUAUGGUAGGUCACCAUUGGUUACAUAAUUCAUACCCAUACAAUUAUCAUGUACGUGAAAUCAAGCAUCGUUGUGGUUCAUCGCACGCGCAGAUGAUGGUUUCAACAAUUAGUGAUGUCCCGACGCUCGAAGCCACACAAUGGUCGUACAUCUCGGGCGUUGUGAUUAAGAAUAGUUUGCUUCCUAGUAAACUUGAGAUAACGAAACAUGGUGAGUUUUGUUUUCCAAAUUAAUAAAGUCAAUCAAUAGUCGGAGGACAAAAAGAAC